UUUAUGCUAGGGUAAAUUGCAACGUUGGUUUACUAAAAAUGUUCAUGUUUAGUCACUAUAAAUAUUUAAUUGCAUUCAUGGUCACUAAGAUUAAUUAAAUGUUUUAAGUUUGGUCACUCUCCGUCCAAACCUUUUUCAGAUUCUUUUAUAUUAUCCAAACCUAUUAAAAGAUUUUAAUUAGCCAAAUCUUUCGUAAUGCAUCAAAAUAUUAGUCAUUUUUACGUUAUUGUUAAUAAUUUUGUAACUUUUUCUUAAUUAAAAUACGAAAAUUUUGAAAUGGUGACCUUUAUGUGUCUCUUCCAAGUCAGUAUCAUGUUGCCAAGUCAAUAUUACUAACAAAAUCGCUGACGUAAAGUUAACAUUUGGCUAAUUCUUAGUAUUUCGAUAGAUUUGACUAAUAAAAAAAAUUGAAUUUUUUUUUGAAAGUAGUCAUUACUCAUUAUCCUAUUUGUUUUGUCUUCUUUUUGCAACCUUUCCCAAGCAAAAAAUGAGAAAGGAAUUUCCGAAAAUUAGAAAUAGGAGGAAAAGAAAAUAGAAAACCUAGUUCGUUUCUCAAAUUGCGGCAGCUUCUCCAUUUAUUACUCAGCCACUCUUUCGCCACGAACACUUCCCCAUCCUCCCUGGCCCCGCCUUCCCUCGCCGUCGCCAUCCUCCACUCGCCGGCGGUGACGUCGCCAUCACAGCGCCGCCGCCUUCCCAAAACCAAGCCAUCAGCCGGCAUCUUUCAUCCUUUUCGUCAAUUCGUCGUAGUCUCGCUGGAAUUUCGCCCUGCCAGGCUGCCAUCGCUCUCUCUCCGUCGCCCUGGAAAGUCGUCUCACUCGCGCUUCAGACUCAUUCCAUCCCAUUCCAUUUCCUUGUUCUCGCCCGAUCUUCAACUGCCUUCACUGCCGCAGAAGUAGUCAAAGCCUAGUCCGCCGUCACUGCCGUCUUUCAAUGUCGGAGGUGUAAGGUACCGAAACUCAUUUCCCUCCUUGCCGUAAUCCUAUGUGUUUCCGGCUGUCAGUAGAAAUCAGUCGCCGGAGAACCUGCCCCAUUUGUAUUUGGCAGAACCUGGGUUGUUUGUUUGAUUAAUCGCCUAAUGGGGUACAAAAUUAAGCAGCUCUUGGUUCGUUUCUUUAGGAGUUCGCACUCGUUGAAAAUGAUUAUUGCGAUUCAGAUGUUUCAGUAAGGUCUAAUGUCACCGUUUCAACUGAUAUCGUCCAUAUUUUUUCUGGGCGAGUGUCCAUUUUCGGUUUUCAUGUUUGGGGAAGCUGUUGGAAAGGUUGGUCCUGGAAAGGCUUUUGGCAGUGUUCUUCAUUUACUGAUGGCCACAAUGCUCGAUACUAAGUUUACUGGUUCAGCCUGUUGUAAUAAAAGUUCUAUAUGCACGGAAACAAAUCAACAAUCAUCUCUUGCUUGGGUUUUUUGGAAAGUAUCCUGCUUGGGUAAUGAAGUCUGAAAGCCCCCUUUUUUUAUGUAGGUCUUAUUUGGAUGAUUGGAAAAGUUACCUUGCAGCUUAACUUAUUAUUAAAAUGAGACCAAGAUCAAAUGGGGUUUCUAGGAGUCAGAGGGAGCAAAGGUUUGAAGGUGGAGGACCAAAUUGGAUUCUCAUUGCAGGUGGUGCCUUGUUGAGUACUUUGACAAUCCGCCUUGGCUCUAAGCUGAAGCAGACUCUUGAUUCUAGGAGAGAAACAAAUGCUAGAAAUGAGAAAUUGUCUGACAGAAGGAGAUCGUCAGCUUGCCAUAUGCAUCCGAAUGUCUACUCCUUUACACAUGAUGAUGAUAGUUAUUUCAAUUCUGCUUCCGGGAAUGAAGGUAUCACAGAUGUAAAAUACCCUCCCAAUGAUCACACGCUGUCUGAAACUGAUGGUGCACUCCCUUUGGUCACAGUCAAUGCCCCAGAAUACUCAAGAGAGAAUGGGAUUAUGUGGGUUUCAUCUCUUGAACGUCUCGAGUUACCGCCAAAGCCAUUUCACCAUUCAAACUGCUCUGACUCGCCAUGUGUGUCUGAGUCUGGUUCGGACAUAUUUAGCAAGCGCGAAGUGAUACAAAAGCUGAGACAGCAACUAAAAAGAAGGGAUGACAUGAUAAUUGAGAUGCAGGAUCAGAUUGUGGAGUUACAGAAUUCAGUCAAUGCUCAAUUGGGAUUUUCUAAUAAUUUGCAGUCUCAACUUGAUGUUGCUAACAAGGAUUUGUUAGAUUCGGAGAGAGAAAUCCAGAGGCUGAGAAAAGCCAUUGCCGAUCAUUGUUUGAAACAUGCAAACGGUGAUGGAAAACCGUCAGUUGUCACUGUAUGGCCACCUGAGGUAAGAAAUGGGCAUGCUAAUGGGUAUUCAGAUGGUGAAAGUACCUUUGAGUUUCCAGAGAAAGGGAGGAUGGAUGUGGAGAAGGUCGAGAUGCUUAGGAGGGAAGUAGGGGAAUUGAAGGAAGUGUUAGAAGGGAAGGAAUACUUGUUGCAGAAUUACAAAGAGCAGAAGUCAGAGCUUUCGAUGAAGAUCAAGGAGUUGCAGCAAAGAUUGGAUUCUCAGCUCCCAAAUAUUUUAUAGGCGUUGUUAGGUCAUGUGCAUUCUUGUUUUUUCCUGACUCUGUUUGUUUUGAGCUUCCGGUUUUGGGAGAUUGUUCUUUAUCCAAGCUUCUAGGUUAGAAAAUCUGGUGUUUCCUGUGCUCGCAUAAGGGUGCCAGUUGCGACUGAUCAGAGAGAGAUAUAUAGAGAGAGGCAGACCAAGGGUUUGUAAUUGUCCGUGUUGCUUGUCAAUGUCUCUGCUCAGUUCUAUAGAAAUAUGAAUGCAAGUUUCCACAAAGCGUGAACCCUGUUGCACUUUUGGCCUCUCUGUUUACCUGCAGAACCACUGGUUUCUGCUCUUCUUCAGUUACUAAUUUUAAUCACAACGGAUUUCACCAAUCAACAGAUGUGCUUCUUUAUCAUCGACAUGUUUAUCCGACUUCGAGUUUCCAUUAUUUUUUGUCAUCGUCACAGCAGCAGUAGCAACAAGUAGGACGCUACUUCAGCCAAUCUAGCACAGAGGUUUCCAGCAUCCAGGUCUGUUUGGCUAUCUUCUCUUCAACCGUGCAUGACGUAUGAUUUAUUCCUCCAGUUUUCUUCCGUUGUCAUUUCAUCGGUGAAAAUCUUCUCUUUCGUUGCAGAGAUUUUAUCUUUGCACAUGGUUUAGUUUGUAUGCAGUGCAGUAUAAUUCUGGUAUGCAAGAUUAGUUUUGAGAGGAUAACUGUUAAUAGGGAUUAGGAAUUGCUGAGAUUUUGAACUAGAAUUGGAAGUCGGAUAAUCUUUGUUCAUAAGAGGGGUUGGUGAAUUAGCUUCACUUGGCUGAGCCAUGUCACAAGGGUGAAUUACACUAGUUAUGCUUGAUGCAACACUUAAGAACAGUGGCUACUAUAGCAUUAUAAGGCACAUUUGCACACUACUCGUUUUUUAGUUAAGUUUCCUCUGGUAUUAUCCACUGAUGAGAUGUUUAGGGAAGUCAUUAGAUAGAUAGAACUGUUUUCUUUUCCUGGUACAACUUUCUGGAGAAGAUUUGUUGGGAUUGGUUAUUCUUUGCGUAAUGGGUUCUAUAAAUUGUAAAGGGAUGC